GAAAUCCUUGGGUGUGGGUUCAGAUAGGGUUGUCAGAUUGACUUUGGAUUUCUAUUUGCUGACAGCGAAGACUGGAGAAUGCCUGGAAACUUAAAACCGAUUUCAGGGGGACGAUUCACUGCGUUAACAGAAAUGAUUAUCGGCGGAGGGUUGAAGACCGUUUUUUCUCUCGUUUUCUUUCGCAAAGCGUGAUGCCAUGUCGAGGAUGUGUGGCAAGUCAACAACGCAAUCAUAACAAAGAUGGGGAGACGAUCGAUGGGACGGGGACGGGGACGGGGACGAGGAUGAGGAUGAGGAUAAAUGUUGAUCUGUGAGAUAUAGAUGGAAAUGAUGUAGAUGAUGAGAUCAGAGCCCCCCUUCCCCUCCAAAAAGCUUGGGAUUCAAGAAGAUAAUGAUGGAGGGCCCGGCUCGCGAUGAUGUGGAUGAAAACCAUGGAAUUCCUUCGAUCCCCCAGAUCCAGAUCCAGGUUCAAGCUCAGGUUCAGGUUCAGGACUCCCAGGUCAAGGCUCCCUCCAGUCAAAAUGAUACGAUGAUGGCCCGAAGGAUUCCAAUGAGUUCUUGUUCAAACGAUAAGAUGCAACAGGAUAAUAAGAUUUGCUCGACAAUCAACGCCAGCAAAUGUAGCCGCAUGGGCAUCCUCACAUUCCACAUCUCCCAUCAGCAAUCAAUCAAUUUCAUGUACAAUAAGAAUGACGCGUAACAGAUCCGAACCAGUGGGAGAACAAACUUUGAGUCAGUUCGCUAGGUUCGUGAAUGAAGGAUUAGCUAUCUUGUCGUCCCAACCAUUUGUCUUGUUCUCGCGGGGAAAGGCUACUGGCUACUGGGUAUGUUACCAUGUUCCAGGGAGAGAUGUCGAGAUUGAGAAGACGACUGAUCGGAUUGGACACUGGGCAGUGAGUAAAUCAAUCAGUCAUGGUUUUUACUUUACGCCCAGAGUGAGAAGAAAUGCACAAUGACAGCCUCGUCCAAGCGUAACUUUUUUUCUUGCCAGCCGCCAAAUCCCAGUGUCUCUUGUAUUGGUCGAUCUUUUGGAAAUGGUAUUGCCAAAAAAGAGGGUGGUGGUGGGUGGUGUGGGGAAUUAUGCAUGUAAAGCUGUGUCACUAUACAGAUUAAUAUGGUGCAGCUCGAUCUAUCUUGGUUCUUGAAUGCUGUAAUAGAUGAUGGACGUUGAUAGGUAUGAUUGUGCGAAUGCACGAUGUAUAGUCUGAUUGUUGGAUGCAACUGCACAUUUUCUCGCCUGACACAUUACUCGUGUUGGCCAAUAAUUGCCGAAUUUUGAUGAUGGGCGGGAAGAGAUGAAUAUGGAUGCCACAUGGGAUGGUAAUCUCUUACUGACUGGCCAUCUCGAACAAGGGGAGGUUGGAAAGGUUGUCGUCUCAUCCAAAUCUGACGAUUCUUUUGGGGGAAAGGGAGAUACACCGUAAUCAUUCAUUUGAAUCGGGAAACAUCCGAGUCCAAACCGAGAAAAUGGAUUCUCGUGAAUAAUAGAUUGAAUAUAAGAGGAUACUUGAGGACCCCGAAAUUUGAAUAUCAAUAAUUCAAUCUUUCAAGCGUAUCCUUGAACGAUAUCAAAUCUCCGUUUCCUCCUCCUUUCUCUUUCCCUUUCCCAUUCCCAUUCCCAUUUCUACUUCCAUUUUCAUUUCUCUCUCCUCCUUCCUCCUUCUUCCUUCCUCCUUCCUCACUUCGCAAAAUUCUAGAAGCCAAAUUAAUCAAUGUUAGCUGCA